AAAAACCAACACGAGAAACAUUGUCUUCAACACCUCAGUGGCCUGCAAAAAAAGGUGUUACUUUUUUAACGGAAGUCAGCAGCAUCAGCAGUAUUAAUAUCAGCACAACGACAUCAUGCUCAUAUUGUCUUUCAAACUCAAGUAAGACCCCUCUUUUAUAGACCCCUGAAGUGAUGAGGAAAAUGUUUGACAUGUUUGUGUUUCUCUGUUUGUGCUCCUGCUGUCUGAUGGGUGUGUUUGGUGAUGAAGUGAAGUCAGUGUCAGUGAUGGAGGGAGAUUAUGUUACUUUAUACACUGAUAUUACUGAAAUACAGAGAGAUGAUCGGAUACAGUGGAAAUUUGAACCACAAGGGAUUCGUUUAGCUACAAUCAACAAAGAAAACAAUAGUAUCUCAAUAUAUGAUGAUGUUCUUGAUGGGAGAUUCAGAGACCGACUGCAGGUGAAUAAUCAGACUGGAGAUCUCACCAUCACAAACAUCACAACUCAACACACUGGAGUUUAUAAUGUAACCAUCAGAGGAAAACAGAAGACCUCACACAGAUUCAAUGUUACUGUCUAUGCUCGUCUGCCCAUUCCUGUCAUCACCGGCAACUCUUCACAAUGUUCAUCAUCAUCAUCAAAUUGUUUAUUAUUGUGUUCAGUGUUGAAUGUGAGAGAUGUGAGUCUGUCCUGGUACAAAGGAAACAGUUUAUUGUCCAGCAUCAGUGUGUCUGAUCUCAACAUCAGACUCUCUCUACCUCUGGAGGUUGAAUAUCAGGAUACAAACACAUACAGAUGUGUACUCAACAAUACCAUCACAAACCAUACUCAACAUCUCAACAUCAAGAAUCUCUGUCAGAUGUGUUCAGAUUGUGUUUGCUGUUGUCAUGUUUCUAUAGCUGUGAUCCGAUUGGUGGUCUCUGCUCUGGUGGGUGUGGCUACUGUUGUUGUUUUGGUUAAUGACAUCACAUCUAGCAGAACUAAACUGAAUAAAAGAUUACAGACACCAUCAGACCGACACUGAUCAACUGAAGAUUCUCACAUUAGGUGACUUUAAAUGUUUGAGUACACAUAUUAAGAUAAUAAAAUCAUUAAAUAAAAGUUUAAUAACUGUGUAAAAAGGCUCAGUGUGCUUUCAAUCACAAAAUAAUAAUGAAAACCCUUGAUCACCAGAUUAGUGAGCUGACUGACAGAUUUAUGAGAUAUUUUACACUAUUUGAUUUAGAAAAGUUUAAAUUUAUUGUGAAAUAUAUAAGUAAUAUAAGCAAGUAUAACUUUUUUUAUAUUUUGGUUGAUGUUUAACCUUAA